AUGAUGCCAAAAGCAAGAAAAGAAGCUCCUACCCCUCACCAAAGCCAAAGCAAAAACACUGAAGGCCAAGAAACUGGUGCCAGAAGGUGUCCAGAGCCAAAAAAAAAAAAGAGAUUUGCAUGUCACCCACCUUCCCAUGACCAAGACACUGCAUCUCUGAAGCCAGCCCAGAUAAUCCUGGAAAGAGCACCCCCAAGAGAAACAAGCUUGACCACUAUGCCAUCAUCAAGUUCCACCAUGAUCACAGAGUCAGCCAGGAAGAAAAUCGAAGACAAAAACACACUUGUGUUCCUUGUGGACGUCAAGGCCAACAAGCACGAGAUCAAACAGGUUAUGAAGAAGCUCUAUGAUGUUGAUGUGACCAAGGUCAACACCCUGAUCAGCCCCAAAAGAAAGAAGGAGGCAUAUGUUCAACAUGCUACUGCCUAG